AUGAGACGCCACGAUUCAACAUCAACCGAUUCUCCAUUGGACUCCCCAAUGGAAACGGAGUCACCAUUUGUGCCACGUCCGCCAAGACCUAUUGGGAGAAAGGCGGCAAAGGCCAAAAGAGGGGCCACUUCGACCAAUGAUUGUGUACAAUUAUUGGAGCAAAUAGCUAAGAGCGCCUCACUAAGAAUCGAGAGAGACUUGAAAAGAGAUGAAAUGGACAUGGCACGAGAGGAAGCAUUUGUUCUCCAACAACAAAUGGCACAAGAAAAAGACAUAGAGGAUAGAGAGAUGAAAAUCAUGGCUAUGGAUACGAGCCAUAUGUCUCCCGAAACAAAGGCUUAUUGGAAGCUACGACGAAGAGAUGUGAUGAGGAAAAAACUUUUCAAUGACGACGGACCUAGCAAUACGGAUUGGUUAAAUGAUGAAAACCAUUAG